AUGCGACAACUGCCCCACUGCCCCAGGAGUAACCACAGCUACCCCAGCAGUAACCACAGCGGCCCCAGGAGUAACGACAGCAGCCCCAGCACAUCAACCACAGCUGCCCCAGCAUCAACCACAGCUGCAUCCGCACCUACAACAGCUGCCCCAGCAUCAACCACAGCAGGUCCAGUUUCAACUACAACUGCCGCACCUACAACUGUAGCACUCACAACAUCUAGUCUGUCUUUCAGAUCUGUUAAAGACACUUUUACAAACGACUUGCUGAAUCCAUCAUCAUCAGCCUUUCAAAAUCGAGCUGCAUUGAUAAAGGAACAGCUUGAACCUUUCUUCCAAAGGACAUACUCAUCAUCCUUCAGGUCCUUGACAGUGGUGUCAUUCAGAAGUGGAUCAGUCAUCAACACCAUGGACCUUAGCUUUGUAAGCACGAUUGCCCCUAAUAACACUCAGAUUGGAAGCACUUUGAUCAACGCAGCUUCAAGCGUCAGUGGCUUCGACAUUGAAAGCAGCUCUAUCACCGUGAAUGGCAUAUCUUCGGGUGGAGUAAGCCACAAAAUCAGUCUCGUCACUGCAUCCUGCCUGGUACUGUUGUCAUGGCUACUCUAAAGCAAGCAAUAGCAUCCGUGCUGAAUUUCCAUCAGAUGAUGACAGUGAUGACUAAUAUGAAAAGGGAAUUUGUUGUCAGUAAAUAUCCAAAAUUCAUGAUUGCCUUAAGGCUUGACAGCUUCGGAUAAAGGUACUAUCAAAUGAACUUUGUAAAACCCCUAUAGAGGUUAAACAAUUGUGCAAUACAAAAUAAAGGACAAAAGGGGGUAUGUUACAGUAUGUGUAUGUAUAUUUAGCCUAUAUGUAGCCUACAUGUGUGCAUAUAUGUAUGUAAAUAUGUAUGCAUGUGUGUAUAUGUGUAUGUGUAUGUAUGUGCUACAGACAAACUUGAUGUAUAUUAUUUUGACAAGCAUACAUAUAACUUUUAGUAACUGCUGUUAACAGUGACACAGAACCAUAUGAGCCAUAUGCAGUGAUUGGCCACAAGAAAAAAUGUCUAAUCUUAUGUCUAAUAUAUUCAAAAACAUUUAAUAUCCAUAUUGCAGUUAAUUUGUAUUUGAUAGCUUUAAACUGUAAGAAAUGUAUUUUGUGGAAACUCUGCUGCACACUGUGGUGAUUGUUGACCAUUGUCUGCAUUUUUAUGUGUGUUAAUAUUCCAUCUAAUAUAAAAAAGUAUUAAAGUGUGAAAUACAAGGAACAGGAGUGUACUUGUGUUCGUAUGAUGCAGCAUCAAACUCAUACUUGUUUCUUCUAGUAGUGUGUGGUAAGCCCAUCAUUACAGAAAAUUAUUUUCAUCACAGGGCAAUUGUGAGCAGUUUUGACAAAUGUAAACCAUGUGGCACGUGUGAUAAUAAAUAAACUUUAAUAAACUUUAUUUUUAUUCA